AUGAGUCCUAUAAGUUCGCUUCAAACCAAAUUAUCUCCAAGCCCUUCUUCUGGAAAAUACUCUUCCAUUGAGUCGGAAGAAGACCCGACAUCGCCAACAAAGUCACAGUUCUAUGGACUGAGAGGGAAGAUAGUUUCUCUCUCCGCAAUACUGAGCCCUGUCUUCCUGCUUCUUCUUGUCUUGAACCUACGCAUUUCUUCACAUUUAGAGAAUGAUUAUACGACCCGCACCAUUUUUGGUGACAGUAUGACCUCUUCCUUCGUCCUUAUCCUCUCUCAAUGUAAAUUCGUCAACUUACUUUCUCUAGUUCCAUGGACCAGACAGACUUUCGGUGGAAAUGAUAAUUUUCUUCAUGCUGAUCCGUACGAUGGCCAGGCUUGGACUCUCUACAAAAAUCAAAACUUUGAUCCUGAACGUCAGUCUACAGUUUGGGACGAUAUUUAUCCAAGCAAUUUCAUUGCGGUCGAAAAUCCACAGCAGUUUGGGUUCCAGGGUGGAGUGGAAUUAAGUGCUGAAGCACAGAAUUCGACCGAUUUUGUGGCUGGAAGUCAGGGAUUUGGGUUGGCUUUUUUGCAUCAGAUACACUGUGUUGGUGUCCUAAAACACUAUUUGUCCUACGUGAAUCGUAGUGAAAUGACGGCACAGCAGACCGUUCACACGGAUCACUGCAUAGAAGUUUUAAGACAGCUUAUCUUGUGUAAAGCAGACUUGAGCGUGCAGCGUCCCAAGGGGCUUCCCUCUUCUACGAGGUGGCCUUCACAGCAACAGCAUAUUUGUCGUGAUGAAAGAGUUUUGAUGGAUGCGAUAUGGAGUCGUGCGAUUGUUAAAGCGGAUGGUGGGUGGAUACGGCGACGUAAAUAG